AUGAUGGAGGGGGAGGAGGAUAAGAGUAUCAACGUUACUAAAAUAAGGGUGCUAGAGGGUACCCUCGACGAGAUCAAGGCGACUACAGAGGGAACAGGCACUCAUAUCGACCCUUGCGUUAUAUGCCUUGACACGGUCUCUGAGAGAGCUGUGGCCUCCCCAUGUCGCCAUUACAGCUUUGACUUCCUGUGCCUUGUGAGCUGGCUUCAAGAACGCUCUGCCUGUCCCUUGUGUAACACUGAAGUGCACUCAGUGGAAUACGACUGGAAUUCGCCAGAGGACUUCAAAGUCUACAAAGUUACAUCGAACACAAGAGAGAAAUCAUCAAGCGUUGUCCCUUCGAGACCCUCUCAUUUCAAUAACGGCCAUGAUCAGCGGCGGAUUUCCAGCUGGAGACCGCGAAGACCCCGGAUUCGAGUCCCAGUGAACCUAGACACCGCUUUACUGCAUCGCAAGGACAUUUACAGCCUCCGGCUCUACUCACUUCAUGUUGGCUCGAAUCGGUUAUCAAGAUUUCGAGACCUGACACCUCAGCUGUUUGUUCAACAUCAAGAGCUAGUCUCGCGUGCAAAGAAAUGGAUACGAAGGGAAUUGCAGGUAUUUCAAUUUUUGAACCCAGACGGCAUUUGGGAAGAGGGCGUCACCAGAAGAGCAAACAAUGCGGAAUUUCUGCUCGAGUACAUUGUUGCAAUCUUGAAAACUGUGGACGUGAAAGGCAGUCAGGCGGAAGACAUGCUGCAGGAAUUCCUAGGGAGAGACAAUACUCGUUUGUUUCUUCAUGAGCUCAAAGCGUGGCUCCGAAGUCCAUACACGUCAUUGGAAGACUGGGAUCGCCACGUGCAAUACGAUAUUCCUAUCACGAGGCCUGAAUACAAAGCCCAGACAUCUCCACAUGGUCAGAGCCGAAGGAGCAUGGAACAACCGCAACAUAGGAUCGACUCAAUGCAUUCAAAGGCCCCGGCUCGGAGAACCUCGUACGGACGCAGUGACCGCUAUGUCCCGUAUCGCGGUCAUCUCCCAAGAUACAGCAGCCAGUACCCCUCCGGUCCCGGCUGA